AUGGCUCCUCGCUCAAGAGGCGCAAAGCGCAUCGCUGAUGCCCUGGGGUUUUCGACUCCGAACAACCACGUCUGCCUUUCAUGUCGACAAGCUCUGGCUCUCUCCCGACCUCAACGGGGCUACGCCUCAGCCGCCGCGACAGCCAAAUCCACGGUCGAAGCACCUCCGAUCACCCAGCUCUCGUCCGCAGGGCUAGGGCCUGAAGCCUCUCCGCACCCGAAGUCCAGCUUCACCAUCAAAGCAGGUGUGGUGCUCUCGAGACCUCCGCUGAUCACCCCCGACCCGCAUCCGUUUGAGACGGCGUACUACCUGUAUCAACGCCGGCUGAACGAGCGCCUCGCCUUGCCCUUCACCCAGUAUUUCUACUACAAGCGCGGCACGCCGGCGUUUGAGCAGUGGCGGAAGAACCGACAGGAACGAGGAGGCGCGGCCGCCCGGGACAUUGGGAAAUACAACGCCUACACACCGGAUGCGUGGAAUGACGAGGUGCUGGUGGGCGAUGAGACUGGCUCGCCGGCCAAGCUUGUGGAGAAGCUGGUCGCGGAGGAGAACCGGGCGGACGAGUUCACCGGUAAUGGCGAUCCUAAGUUUGCAGGGUUGAAACGAAGAACCGACGCAGACGAGCAGAACGACCAACGAAGCCUGGAACGCAGUCUAAGCCGGACUUUGUACUUGCUGGUCAAGCACAAGAAAGUGCCGGGCCAAAGUCAGGAGGAGAGCGAGUUGUGGAAAUUUCCCAGUGGCACUCUUCUCGGGCACGAAGGAUUGAAACAGGCUGCACAACGCAUCCUGUUUACCUCACUCGGCGAAAACAUGAACACCUUCUUCGUCGGUAACCACCCCGUCGGCCACUACGUAGCGCGGUUCGCUUCGCCAAAACCCGGCCCCAUACCACCGACUCCGACGCAAAAGUCAAUAGAGUCCGAGUCGACAUUGCGCAAACAAGAAAUGGCGCAGGCACCGGAGCAACAUCCCACGCUGGUGGACGGCGAAAAGACGUUUUUCAUGAAAGCCCGCAUCCUAGCCGGGCAGGCCGAUCUGCAGGCGAACCAAGCAAAAGACAUUGAAGACUUUCGAUGGUUGAGCAAGGACGAGAUCGAGAAGGCCGUGCAUCCGGAUUACUGGGUCAAAGUGAAGAACAUGCUUGGCACACAGUAG